AUGAAUGAAGCUGGAGAGGGCACCUCCACAGAGAUGGCCGCUUCAAUCUCUCCCCAAGCCACACAGAAACAACUCAUAUCACUGGGAAGCAGAGAUCCUCCAGGGGCCCUAGUCACCGGCACCCUCAGCGGGGACCCGAUCACUAAGGCCGCUGUGGCAGGGGGCACCAAGGGAAAGGCUCCCAAGAAAGUCGUCGCCAAGAGGGUGCGAGGCUCAGUCAAGCGGUUUAAUGUGAAGAAUGGGUAUGGCUUCAUCAGCAGGCAUGGUACUCAGGAAGAUGUGUUUGUUCACCAAACUGCCAUCACCCGGAACAAUCCUCACAAGUAUCAACGCAGCGUGGGCGAUGGAGAGACGGUUGAGUUCGAUGUAGUGCAAGGUGAGCAGGGCACCAAGGCGGCUAACGUUACUGGACCCGCGGGCGCUCCAGUGGAGGGCAGCCGCUAUGCAGCUAACCGUCCCCGCUUCCGCCCAGGCUGCUACAUUAAUCACCGGGAGCCACCACCGGGAAGAUCCCGGGAUGCCAAGGACCAUCUGGAUGAAGGCGAGGACAGCUGCGCGGGCUUCACCGCAUGCUUCACAGUAGCCCAGGCCCCGCGGCGCUAUCUUCCCAGUCGACCUCAAGAUCAAUCAUUGUGGCGUUUCCCGCCCUUCCGCAGGCCGCAGCUACUUGCUGAGUCGACCCAGGGGCAGAGGAAUGCCUCAGGGGCCAGGAACCUCACGGUCAUCUCUGAGGACCUGGAGGCAGAAAAUAAGGAAAGCAGGCACAAAACAGGUGGCCCUCAGCAGAGGCCACCACCACGCUAUGGAUCCCGGCGUCCCAACAACCCGAUCCGUCAUCCCCAGAAGGCACAUGGCACUGAGGGCCAAGACCUUCAGGAGAAAGAGGGUAAGAACCCUGGGAUGGGCCCAGCUGAAACUCCUGUUUGUGCUAUUGUGGAUAAGAAGAGCAGCCUUGCUGAGAAGGAGGACCCUGACGUCCCAGAUGCCUCCUCUGCAGCCCAGGCCGAGUAG